AAAAUAACAGCUAUAACCGUAAUGAAGAAUAUGUGACAAGGAUGUCACAGUUUCCAGAGUGUAGGUCUUUGUUUGAUUUGGAUCCUACACUUUUAGAUGGUCUGAAGGAGGUUGCUUCAAUCCACAAUGCUCCUGUGUCCAAUGGAAAAUGUGUAAAGAAGGAAGAAAUGACUGAAAAGGAGUCCCACAGUAAUGAUCAUAAGAGUAAUUUGGAAGUUGUUGCAGAAGUGUCCAGAAAAAUGCAGUGCUCUGCUUGCCAGUGUUCUUUUGACAGUCGACAGCAACAGGUUGAACACUACAAGACAGACUGGCACAGAAAAAACCUGAGGCAGCGGCUUGAAGGAAAGCCAUCAAUAUCUGCUGAGGAGUUUAAGACAAAGCCAAAUGCAGGUGACCUUUCAAGCAUUUAUCACUCAAAUAUUGAUAACAGUCCCUCUGAUGAAGAUGGGGGAUAUUCAGUGAAUGUGGAGAGUGCUAUAGCUGAUACCAGUGCCAAUUCAGAUACCAAGAGCCCUGCAAAAUGCUUAUCUGGUCAAGUGUUAUUCCAGAAUAGCAGAGGACAGUAUUUGUCUUUCUAUCGCUGCAUACUACUCAAUUGGAAGGACAAUAGUGCUUCAGAUGUGUCUGCUUAUCUCCGCAUGCUUACCAAGAACACUGUUUGGGUGAUUCUGAUGACAGGAGGUGGUCACUUUGCUGGAGCUGUAUUCCAAGGGAAACAAAUUCUCCAUCACAAGACUUUUCAUCGCUAUACAGUGAGAGCAAAGUGUGGCAAAGCACAAGUUGUACGGGAUUCUCAGAAACAUGGUAUAAUACCCAAAUCAGCUGGUGCUACUUUACGGCGGUAUAAUGAAACAGCACUUGCAAAGGAUAUUCAUAAUUUGCUUCAGAGGUGGUCAGAGCAUCUAAAACUUGCCAGUAUAAUCUUCUUACGAGCGUCCAGCUACAACCAAUGCUUUUUCUUUGGUGGAAAGACCCCUGCAUUAAAAAAGGGUGACCCACGUAUCCAAAAAAUUCCUUUUCCUUCAUUACAAGCCACCUUCCGGGACACCCAGAGAGUCCAUUGCAUGCUGUCCACUGUUCAUAUUUAUGAGAAAGACAUCGAAACCUCCCUCAUAGGUUUUUCAAAGGCAACUUGGAAAAAUCUGCCCAAACCAUCAGAGAAGGCUGAUGCAGACUGCAAGGACAAUUUGGAAACUGACGAAAGUACUGAAGAUGAUGAUCCUGUGUUUGAGACAAUAGACGUCAGUGUGUCAACUCUUCAUUUGAAGGAAUACGAAAUAUAUCCCCACAACAAACAAAGGAAGAAGAAAAAGAAAAAUUAUCUGACUAAUAGUAAUAGUUAAAUAAAGAAAUUGUGCAUAUAACUAAAUAUUAAUGGCCUUUUUUGAAGCACUAAAAUAAAAAUCAUCUCACCAGAAGGGCAAGAUGGCCUACACCAGGCCUAGAUGACAUAUACUCUAGAGACUGCAAAAAUGUGCAUUUUUAUUUAUAUGUACUUUACAGUAUUUUACAAUAAAAGUUAACUUAAUAAAAUUUA